AUGCCCACCACCCUCAUCCGCAAUGCCCAUCUUGUUGGCUAUCCCGCAGGCAGUACCUACUCUGUCUUUGUCAAAGACGGCACCGUCGUCAGCAUCACUGAAACAGGAAGCCAAGAGGAAGAAGCAGACGAAAUCAUCGAUGUUAUUGACCUAGACGCACAAUGGAUCAGCCCCAGCUUGAUCGACUGGCACACCCACACCACCCUCAACGCCCUGCACUCCCACCGGCUCGACCUCCAAACAGCCAAGUCCGCCCAAGACGUCCUCGACCGCGUCCUCGAUGCUUUCGAUGAUCCUAAAUACUCCGCUGUAAAGGGGUGCAGAGACUUUAGGGGCAUCAAUAUGCGUAACGCCGGCUGGCCCGACCCCGAGGUGCUCACGCGCCAGGCGCUGGAUAAGAUCUCGACCAAGAGGCCGAUAUACCUGUUCUUCAAUGGCUACCACUCCAUCUGCGCGAAUUCGGUAGGGCUGGAACUUGGGGGGUAUGAGCCAGAGGGACAUAGCGGGUAUCUAUUCGAGCAUGAAGCUUUUGCGAUGGCGAGGGUUAUAGGAAAGGUGGAUGUGGAUGCUAUGGAUGAGUGGGUUUGGGACGAAUCGAGAUAUGCUGCGUCUCUGGGUGUGACAGAGAUAGUGGACCUCGAAUGGGACCUCGGUAUCCCCAACUGGCAACGCCGCUACGCCAAAGGCUUCCGCUCCCUCCGGGUACACGUCGGUAUGUACACCGAACACCUCCAGUACUCCAUCAACCUCUCCCUCAAGACUGGCGACCCCGUUCCAAACACCAACGGCCUCAUCACUGUCGGUCCCUUCAAAAUCGUCACAGACGGGUCUUUGGGGUCGCAGACGGCGUUCUGCCAUGAUGCUUAUCCGGGGACGCCGGGGAAUUUUGGGAUGAAGACGUAUGAGCCGGAGGAACUGGGGGUGCUUGUGAAGAGAGGGGCGGAUAAUGGGUUUAGGAUGGCCAUCCAUGCUAUCGGGGACCACGCCAAUCAACUUACACUCCAAACGCUCGCCCGCGCCGAGGCCAUCCUACCAGGCUCUACCAUCGAACAUGCCCAACUCCUCUCCCACUCCGACCUCGCCCUCUUCAAAUCCCUCGGUAUUAUCGCGUCUAUCCAGCCUUGUCAUCUAGUCGAUGACCGGGAUCUGUGCCACAAAUUCUGGCCGGGGAGGGAAGGGAGGGCGUAUGCGUUUAGGUGGAUGGUCGAUGCGGGGAUCCCGAUAAAGAUGGGGAGUGAUUGUCCGGUGGCGCCUUUACAGCCGUGGGAGGCUAUGGCUGUGGCUAUUACCCGUGCGGGGGCAGGGGACGAGGAGAAUCCGUUCUGCAAAGAACAGAUCAUUGAUCUGGAGGUGGCUUGGGCGGCUUCGACUUCUAAUGGGAAAUCAAAACUCGAAGUAGGCGACCGAGCCGAUCUGUUGAUUAUCAGUAAUGAUCCCCUGAGCUGUGAUGCCGCUGGAUUGAGGGCGAUGAAGGUGAAGGGGACUAUGUUGGGUGGUGAUUGGACGCACAAGGCGUUUUGA